AUGAGAUCGUUCACGGUUAUAGUUCUGGCGGCAGCCGUAGCAGUUGCUUCUGCCGCCUUCGUACCAAGUACCAGUCAAGUUAAGUUCGCCGAUAAACAAUGGCUGCACAAGCAGGAAGAUUUGCUGCUCCUAUUCCGUCAUCUGUACCAAAAAGACUGGAACCCUCAGCUGGUAUCCUAUGCGAAAAAUUUCGAACUCAAGAGUAGUUUCCAUCUGUACAACAACGUGGAUGCCACGAAGGAAUUCUGGACCUACUACGAGCACGGAUUGCUGCCCAAGGGCGAAGUAUUCUCUAUUUUCGACGAGGUGCAUCGUGAACAGGCAAUCGCUCUCUUCCAUCUGUUCUACUAUGCCAAGGACUGGGAUACGUUCUACAAAACUGCAGCCUGGGCUCGGUACUACGUGAAUGAAGGUAUGUUCGUGUAUGCACUGACUGUGGCUGUUACGCAUCGUUCUGACAUGGCUGGAUUCAUUCUGCCCGCACCGUACGAAAUUUAUCCGUUCUAUUUCGUCAAUACUGAGGUGGUUCAGCAAGCACAACAAUACAAGAUGCAAGGAUAUUAUGGGAUGAAAAAGGUUGGCGACGUGUAUACAGGUGUCAUUACGAGCAACUACACCGGCUGGUAUAUUCACACUAAUGCAGAGCAGAAGAUCUCAUACUUCACUGAAGAUAUUGGCCUUAAUACCUAUUACUACUAUUUCCACAUUGAUUAUCCUUUCUGGAUGGGCGGUAAAGAGUUUGGCCUUUACAAAGAUCGUCGCGGAGAGCUGUAUUUGUACGAACACCAGCAGAUUCUGGCUCGCUACUAUCUCGAACGUCUGUCAAAUGACCUUGGUCACAUUCCUGAGUUCUCAUGGUACUGGCCCGUGAAAACUGGUUACUAUCCAGAUCUGCACUAUUACAACGGUCUUACCUUCCCGAACCGUGACAAUUACCAUAUCGUCAACCAGGAAGCCUAUUAUCACGACAUUCAGAUGGUCGAAGACUAUGAACGACGUGUCCGUGAAGUAAUUGAUCGUGGUUUCUUGCUGAUGCCUGAUGGCAAGAAAAUCAACUUCAGCAUACCUGAAGCCGUAGAUUAUCUUGGCAAUCUGAUCCAAAGCAAUCCUGAUAGCUAUGACAGUCGAUUCUACAAGUACCUCAGCAUGUUUUCACGCAUCAUCAUGGGUGUUGCAGUGGAGCCUAUUGAACAUCAUGAGGUAAUCCCGAGCGUUUUGGAACACUUCGAAACAUCAAUGCGGGAUCCUGUGUUCUACCAAAUUUAUAAACGCAUUAUUCACUACUACUAUCAGUUCAAGGAUCAUCUUUCACCGUACACCUAUGAAGAGCUGUAUUUCCCGGGUGUUAAAAUCGAUGACGUUUUUGUUGAUAAGCUAGUUACAUACUUUGAUAAAUUCGAUAUUGAUGUGACCAACGCCAUCGAUAUCGAACCGGAACACUAUGAAGAAGGAAAGUACGUCGGUUUCGGGGAGAUCGAGUAUAAACCAGAUCCAGUUGUCCUCAAAGCUCGCACGAUUCGGCUUAAUCACAAACCUUUCUCCUACAAAAUGAGUGUAACUUCCGAGAAAUCCAUCAAAGCUGUCGUUCGUGCAUUCAUUGGUCCAAAAUACGAUGAGUUUGGUUCGAUUUAUCGCCUGAACGAGAAUCGGGAAAACUUCUACGAACUGGAUUACUUCGUGUAUGAUUUGGUAGCCGGCAAAAACGUAAUCACUCGCAAUUCCCUGAGCUUCAACGGUUAUGUCAAAGAUCGUACCUCAUUCUACGAUCUGUACAAGCGGGUCAUGCUGGGCUACACCACCGACGAGAAGUUCCCUCUGGACAUGUCCGAAGCUCAUUGCGGUUUUCCGAACCGUCUGAUGCUACCAAAGGGCAAGAAGGGUGGCAUGGCGUUCCAAUUCUUCUUCAUCAUCUCACCGUACUAUGAACCGAAGGUACCUCAAUACACUGGAUUCGAUCCGGUGGUAUCCUGCGGAGUUGGUUCCGGCGCACGUUACUUCGAUAAACUGCCGUUCGGUUAUCCAUUUGACCGUAGGAUUGAUGAAACCUAUUUCCAUGUGCCAAAUGCGUUCUUCGAGGAUGUUGUUAUCUUCCACAAGAAGGAAGGUGAUAUCAACACUAUUGUGUGAAACAAACUCACCGACCGCUUUUAGACAUUAAGUCUACGAAACUAGGUUCCCCACAUCAUCACGCUGUUCUGGGGAAUCUAGAUUUGUCCAUACUGAAUGUGAUACUGUUUGUAAUAAAAAAGAUGAUCGAAUGAAAAGAAAAACACGGUUUUAUGAGUUGCUUUCAUGUGGUGGGGUGCACUUUUGGUUUCAGGCGCGGCUUGGCAUCAAUUAUGGAAUUCAGUUUGUUUAUGUGAGAAAGCAAUGUUGAUAGCCUCUCGGUUGGGUGCCUUCGUGCAGGAUGGUUCGAUCGAAUAUUCUUGCGCCAAUCGAGCUCAUGUCCGGGGCUUCUGCAAGUGGUGGAUGCUAGUGUUUAUUUAUGUUUCCAAUUAAAGAUUUGGAGUGUUUUUGAAGUUCGCUCGGGAUUGGUGAUAUGGUAUAGAGCUUACAGAAUGCACACCAUCUGCCGUAUUCAAUUCGGUCGAUCAUCAUUAUCGCAACGAUGGGCAAUCGUACGUUGCGUAAUUAUACCACCUUAUACCUUUUUUAUAGCGUUUCUAUUUUUCAUGUUUUGAGUUUUUGUCGGGUAAUUCUGGUAUCAGUUAGGAUGAGUAAACAUUGUGUUGUAAAUAGCAUCAAUUGUUUGUCUUUAAUUGUCUCGCUUGGUCCACGUGAUGGAUGGAUGGAAAAUUGACAACCACGCCAAAAAUAAUGAAAUACAAAUACAUACAAAGCUUGAAUCAAAAAAUUGACUAAAAAUU